AGCAACCUCAUCUUCAUGCUGCUCGGCCUCACUCAAAUAAAACAAGAGCAACUCGGACUACCAGCUACAGGCAAACCCAUCGGAGCCCUCAAGAAAGUCAAAAGGUCAGGCCCUGCAAUGAGAUGCAGUUCCUCCCAGGCCACUAAAGAGCAGAAAGAACAGAACUACACCACCCACUGAGAAGGUGUCCGUCUCCCGCCCUGUCCAUCUGAGAGGUAACAGCGACUCCUAAAAUACCACCCCCUUCCCAUCGCAACCAUGUCUGCUGUCAACUCAGCAACCCCGGCCCCUCUUCAGGGAGUCAACCCACCACCCCCGGAGGUUACCAAUCCCACCAAACCAGGUCGUAAAACCAACCAACUACAGUACAUGCAGAAUGUAAUGGUCAAGACAUUGUGGAAGCACAACUUUGCCUGGCCUUUCUACGUGCCAGUUGAUGCCAUCAAAUUGGGUCUUAUGGAUUACCAUAAGAUCAUAAAGCAACCUAUGGACAUGGGAACCAUCAAAAAGAGACUGGAACAUAACUACUAUUGGAGUGCCAGUGAAUGCAUGCAGGACUUCAACACCAUGUUCACCAACUGUUACAUAUAUAACAAGCCUACAGAUGACAUUGUCCUGAUGGCACAGGCCUUGGAGAAGAUCUUCCUGCAGAAAGUUGCCAUGAUGCCCCAGGAGGAGGUGGAGCUUCUGCCUCCCGCACCCAAACCCAAGAAAAGCAAAAGCAUAGGUGGUCUGGAUGGAGGUGAGUCACCAUCUUCCCUCCCUGGCUCUACGACACCUGUGAUUGGCUCUUCUCCAAUAUCUGCCAUCACCCCCAACGUCCCAGCUGUCCAGAGCUCGCCCAAUGCUCCGAUGAUACCCGUCGUCUCACCAUCACAACCUCUUGUCAAAAAGAAAGGGGUAAAAAGGAAAGCAGACACCACCACCCCCACGACAUCUGCAAUCACAGCUAGCCGGAGUGAGUCGCCCAGCCCCCUCUCAGAAGGCAAGCAGGGCAAGGUGAUGUCCAGACGGGAGAGCACAGGCCGUCCCAUCAAAGCUCCCAAGAAAGACUUGGUGGAAGGGGAGUUGGGCCAGCACAGCAGCAAGCGGAGCAGAAUGAGUGAGCAGCUCAAGUACUGCGACAGUAUCCUUAAGGAGAUGCUGUCGAAGAAACACGCAGCGUACGCCUGGCCUUUCUACAAGCCUGUAGAUGCUGAAGCUCUGGAGCUACAUGACUACCACGAGAUCAUCAAGCACCCCAUGGACCUCAGCACUGUCAAAAAAAAGAUAGACGGCCGGGAGUACCCAGAUGCACAGAUGUUUGCAGCGGAUGUUCGAAUAAUGUUCUCAAAUUGUUACAAAUAUAACCCUCCAGAUCAUGAGGUUGUUGCCAUGGCCAGAAAACUUCAGGAUGUGUUUGAGAUGCGUUUUGCUAAGAUGCCUGAUGAGCCGGUGGAGCUGAGCCCCGGUGCAGGCGGGUUGGUCAGUAAAGGUGACAACUCAAGCAGUGGCGACUCCUCCAGCUCGGACAGCUCUGACUCGGAGGAGGAGCGGGCCACCCGGCUCGCCGAGCUCCAGGAACAGGUGGGUGCGGAACAGUGUAUCUCUGUGGAGCGCCCCAAUGGUAGCGGGCAGGGGGGAAAAAACGGGUGCACCAAGCAUUUUCAGCUAAAGGCCGUCCACGAACAGCUUGCCGCGCUCUCUCAGGCCCCUGUGAGCAAACCGAAGAAGAAGAAAGAAAAGAAAGAAAAAGACAAGAAGAAAGACAAGGACAACAAGCAUAGCAAAACCAAGACGGACGAGAAGAAGGCCAAGCCUGGGCAGCCUGCCAAGCAGGGCCAGCAGAAGAAGCCCUCCAGGAAAGCCAACAGCACAGUGACUGGCUCCAGGCAACCAAAGAAGGGGGGCAGGGGCUACGAAUCUGACGAGGAGGAGUCUCUGCCCAUGGCGUACGACGAGAAGCGCCAGCUCAGCCUGGACAUCAACCGGCUCCCAGGGGAGAAGCUGGGUCGUGUAGUGCACAUCAUCCAGUCCCGAGAGCCCUCGCUGCGAGACUCCAAUCCAGACGAGAUCGAGAUUGACUUUGAGACGCUCAAGCCCUCCACCCUACGCGAACUCGAGCGAUACGUCAAGUCCUGUUUACAGAAGAAACAGCGGAAACCCCAACGGCUCUACGCAAACAGAGCGACGGAGCGUCGUAUGCGGUCCGUUCCAAAUUUUGAGCCGCACAAAACGGCCGCUGGGGGCAAGGGAGCGAGAUCCAAGGAGGAGCUGGCUCAGGAAAAGAAGAAAGAGUUAGAAAAGAGGCUACAGGAUGUCAGCGGCCAGCUGAACAGUAACAACAGCAACAAGAACAAAACCGACAAAAAGAAAACGUCCAAAAAAGAGAAGGGCGCUGGUUCCGGUACCGGUGCGUCCCAUCUCAGCGGCAGCAGUAGUUCUUCAGACUCGGGUAGCAGCAGCUCCAGUGGGUCCAGUUCUGACAGCAGCGACUCUGACUGAAAAGCACCGCCCAAACACUCGCUGGGAGCUAUUCCUUUUUAUUUUUACCCUGUAAAAAAACAAACAUUGUAUGCAGUCAGUGGUUUCCCCCUUCUAAAACAUUUUAUAUGAGGAAAAAACAACAAUAAAAUGUAAUGCCAUGUCAGAAAAAGAAACAUGGGGAAUUAUAGACUUGACAGGGUUCUUUUUGUUUUCACUAACUUUUAAAGGGAUGUGUUCAAAAUCGACCAAACAUAAAACAAGCAUUUUGUAAUACCCUCUUGGAUGAAUGCCACAUGUCUUUUCCUUUCUCUUAAUAGCAUCAUCAACAUGCAUCUCAAUGUGAAGGAGUUGUUGCAUAGUUAUCAAGACGGUGCAGAACCCCAUGUCCACCUCCUAGCUUCAGCCCUGCUACAUAAACAACCUAUUCAAUUACUUUCACUGAAAAAGAAUCAACACUUCUCAUCCAGCUUCACAAGUAUUUUUCGCCCUCGUGAUGAGGAGGGCCCUCUCUUGAAAUAGGCUUAUGUGCGUUUUGGGUUGUCUCCAAUCAUUUGACUUUUGACAUACUGAACCUCGUUUGCCUCUGAGUGGUGCAUUUCAGAUUAUUCUGAACAAUCAUGUUGGGCAUCCUCAGCAGCAUAUACAGUCAAAUUGAAUGAUCUGAAGAUGAUCAUUUAUUAGUGGAAUAUGAUUGCUGUUAUUCUGUGUAUGAUAACUGACAUUGUCUCUUAUUUCUUAACCUGGCAUUAUGUAAAGUUUUAGCAAAAAUGUCUGCUAGAUGGUAACUGGUCUGAGAGGUUAUUAAAUACGAUUUUAACUUAUAGAAUUUAGACUUUUUGGGCAGAAGAAAUUACCAUACAAUAAUUCACUAUAAACAGUUUGUUUCAUAACAUGACAACCACUAGGCAUAAUGGCCCCCUGUAUAUGUAUUUCCCGGCUUGCCUCUUGCUUGAUCUACCAUCCUCACUGAUGAAUGUAUGCCAUGAAUGAUUGUGCGCCACCAUGUCAGUGAUAUUGUGUAUAUCACUGCUUUAUAUAAGAUGGGACGGCCAAAACUGUACAUAGCUGACCUCUGUACAUUUUCAGUACACUGGCGUAGGAAAGUCUUUCACUUUUGAAUAUUGCAGAGCAUACCCGCCAUCUUGGUGCUCAAUCAGAGCAGUGCCGUGUCCCCUGAUUAUUUUCUCUGUUGAUGUCAUAAGUUUGGCCAAUGAAAGCAGGACAAUAUUGUAAACAAUAUGAGUCUUCCUCUGAAGUGUAGUGUAUUGAUUUCUGAAUGUAAUUUGUUACCUCUAGGUCCCUUGUUUUAUUGUGACUAGAUGCCACAUCCUCUUAUUAUGACCUCUUCUGUUUUCUUUUUCAGUCAACUCAUCUUUUAUUUUUAUCUUAGUGAACAAAUGGUUAAUUAUUCAUCAGAGAAUAUCAUGACAUGUUAUUCCACUCUUGUAAGAAUGCAUAUGAUUAUUUCAUGAAGUACAAUUUGUGGUAAAGUUUUUUUCUGGAAUUUGUUGAAAAUAACUUGAACAUUGAAGCCACUUUGGAUUUUCUUUACUGUUAAUAAGUUGAUACAUUAUACAUUUAGUCAUAUGCAUUAUUUUAGGCUAUGGUGGAAAUAAAUAUUUGUGUAAUUGUGUGGCUUGUCCCACAUACCAGGUUGCACUUAACUGCAAAAUUCCCCAAAUGAUGUUGUAUGUAUUUCUCUGCCUAUACCAAUGUUCUCCAGUACAGGCCCUAUCAGGUUUUUCUAAGAAUGUCUUUUAGAGGCGAAACACAGAACAAAUAUAUAUAUAUAAAUAUAUAUAUAACUUUUAGUUCAUUUAUAGGCCCUGGUCAAAUAUAAUAGUUCCUUUUUAUAUUUUCAAAAGCAAAUGUUUACUUUUUAUCCUCGAUGUGCAUGCAAGUUUAUUGUAACUUUCUUAUACCCUUUUUUGAGCUGUUAUAGUAUCUUCCUGUAAAUGUCUGUUAUCGAAACAAAUCAAGGAUUCUGUGUAAGUAGUUUUAGGCCUGUUUAUUGCAAUAUGGGACUGAGGGUGGUAUUUGGGGGGUGGGGACUGGAGGUAGAAGCUAACAUUUAAUGUAACCGCUAACCUGGAAUCAGGUUAAAUAUUUUUUUUUAAAUAAAUGACAAAAGACCCUA